UAAUGACAGUCAUAAUAAUUUAUUUGAUAAUGAUAUUUAACUCAAACAUUGGACAUAUUACAGGAGUGCGGCUGACUGUCCAUGCAGCCAACAGGCUGAUACGAGAGGAUGGGCAGUUUGCCCUCAUUGCAGCUUGUGCUGCCGGAGGACAGGGUGUAGGCAUGCUUGUUGAACGUCAUCCAGAUGGAAAGGCUACAUAAGUGAAGAACUGAACUAUUUAAUACACUUGUAAUGCCUAAAUACAUAUUUUUGUACUUUUAUGCCUUUGUACUACACUACUUCUGAUUGUUUAUACUUUAUCCUGUGAAUUUAUUAUGUAUCCAUAAAAAUAAUAUUAUAUUGCUGUUUUUAUGUUA